AUGCAGUCGUCAAUGCAAACUGAUGAGUUGAGAGCUAUAGACCCGAGCCGUCGCAGCGCGACACUACUCGCCGCUCAAUCCUUUUCUAUAAAUCACGCACACAUGGGGAUCGAGCCUAUCGAUACGAAUGAUCCACAAACAAAAUCACUUGCGUCUCAUUCACAUGCACUGCAACCUGUAUUGCUGUCGACUGCAGUCAUCGAAGUGGCAAGCGACAAUCGUAUAUACAUCGCACGCGCUUUAUUGGACAGUGGUAGUCAGCGCUGUUUUGUUACAAAAUCAUUUUGUGAAUUAAUAAACGCAAAAUUAAUACAGUCCGCUCACGAGAUUAGAGGUGUAGGUAAUUCAGUUACGCAAUGUAGUGAAAGAUGCGAGCUGACAAUAAAAUCGCGCAUAAAUGCCUACACUACAACCAUUCAAUGUUUUGUACUACCAGAAAUUACAUGUAAGGUCCCAGUUAUUGAUAAUUUCUCACACAAACAUUUCUGUAUUCCAGACAACAUUCAAUUGGCGGAUCCACAGUUUUUGCAGUCUCAAAAUAUAGACAUUCUGAUCGGCGCAGACAUAUUUUGGGACUUGCUUACUAACGGUAAAAUAAGGCUACAUAAUGGACCUUAUUUACAUAAUACAUUAUUCGGCUGGGUAAUAUCAGGUCCCAUACAUUACAAUUCACGCAACCAAUUUGGCCAUAUCCAGUGCAACUACUCAAGCACAUUAGACACAUUGUUACGACAGUUCUGGGAACUGGAGGAGCUACCCAAGCAUCAGGGCGCACGGACUGAUGAGGAGCAAGCGUGCGAGAAUCAUUUCGUCACAACCACUACGCGAAACAGUGACGGUAGGUUCUGCGUUUGUAUUCCGUUUAAACGGUCACCUGAGGUCUUGGGAGACACGUUUCCUCAAGCAGAACGACGCUUUUUGAUGCUGGAAAGACGAUUACAACGUUCAGAAACGUACAAAAAACUUUAUAGCGAUUUUAUGCAUGAAUAUGAAAAUAUGGGACAUAUGACUAAGAUCACAUCUUAUAGCAACCCACACUAUUUCAUGCCUCAUCAUGGGGUUUUGCGUGAACAUAGUGUAACUACGAAGUUGCGUGUAGUAUUUGACGCCAGCGCCACUUCCAGCUCAGGCUUAUCUCUCAACGACAUCCAGCGUGUAGGAGAGCCCAUACAAGGUGACUUACUAGCUAUCCUUUUACGCUUCAGGCAACACCGGUAUGUGGCCUGCGCUGACGUUGAGAAGAUGUACCGGCAGGUGCUGGUUGAGGAGCAGCAGCGUCAUCUACAGCUUAUUCUCUGGCGAGACGAUCCUUCGCAGCCGCUCGGUAUUUACCGUCUAAACACCGUCACUUAUGGUACAGCAUCUGCUCCUUUUUUAAGUAUACGUUGUUUAAAACAGCUGGGCACCGAAAGUGCUGAUCCUGACGUCCAGAGAAUAAUAAAAGAAGAUUUUUUCGUUGACGAUCUUAUUACUGGCGAUGACGACCUGACGAAAUUAUUGUAUUUAUGCAAUGAAACUGCCAAAACAUUGAUGUCAGGUUGUUUUCCACUUCGAAAGUGGACCUUUAAUUUUUCACAAGAAAAUCUCCACGCAUCAAAUAAUUAUAACGCAUUAAAUGAAUUAUCUUUUAACAAUAACAGUAGUAAUAAAACAUUAGGUAUAGGCUGGUUUAAUACGACAGACGAACUUCAUUUUAAUACACAAAUUGAUUUUAAUAAUAAUAAUUCUAAAUGUAUAACUAAACGUAUUAUUUUAUCUCAUAUUUCUCAAAUAUUCGAUCCUCUCGGGCUAAUUAGCCCCAGCAUUACGCAAGCGAAGAUUUUAUUACAGCGUCUAUGGCUACUUAAAAUUGACUGGAACGAUGCAGUGCCCGAUGACGUCACUCGUACGUGGAACCGGUUUAUAUCGUCCCUCGCUAAUGUUCUCAAUACUAUCCGUGUGCCGCGUUAUGUACUAGGAGAAAACCAUAAGCAUACUCUCACGGAAUUGCACAUAUUUACAGACGCUUCACAAUUAGCUUAUGGCACUUGUAUUUAUGUUCGCACAGUUAGUGACGACUUGAAUGUUUCUGUACGAUUGCUCUGCGCGAAGGGCAAGGUAGCACCUUUAAAUUCGGUAAGCAUACCGCGCUUAGAACUGUGUGGCGCGCUAUUAGGAGCGAGACUAUACGAUAAGGAUUAUCUUCCUCUCAGCCCGGCUCAUUUCCUGGUCGGUCGCACUUUGACAUCACCGGCAUGUGAAGAUUUCACAUAUGCAAACACGCUGCGGCUUACACGCUACCAAAGAGUUGAACAGAUGCGACAGCAUUUCUGGUCUCGUUGGAUGAAGGAGUACGUUGGUGAACUGCAAAUUCGCAACAAAUGGAAGUCGGAGAUAGAUGACCUUAAGCCUAAUACAUUAGUGGUUAUUAAGGAUGACAAUCUUCCCCCUCUUAAGUGGCAGUUGGGACGUGUGACACGAACGAUACCCGGCAAGGACAAUAUCACACGAGUCGCUGAAAUUCGUACCAACACGGGUCUUAUCAGGCGCUCAUGCACAAAAAUCUGUCCCCUGUUUGAAACCGAUUGAAAGUCAAGACUUCCAAGGCCGGGGGUAUGUUCGGGCAUCCGCGGUGCCAUCUGCCGACAAGUUAAGGAGGCAGACGGUGGCGCUUUACUCGUUAUUUAAGACGGAAUAAAAUUUUAACACUAACCAAUCAGAUUGUAUAAAUUAAAUUAAAAAUACCAUUCACAUUUUUGUAACUACUAACUAACUAACGAACGAGGAAUAAAACGCUAAGACAAAACGA